AUGAAAAUCGACGUCUAUUUACAUAUGCAGACCAUGCUUCCGGUUAAAAAAUUUAAAAAUAUCUCAGAUGAUGGGUGUAAGAUCAUCAUGGUGAGAAAAUCAACACCACGCAAGAGAACUCACACCUCAGAGGGAGCCACUUUUGCUAAUGAGGAAUUGCCGAUCAAAAAGAUUUGUUCAGAUUUUGAUGAGUCUGCAAUAAAACCUAUGGAGCACGACGAUGGACAUGCUGUAUUGCAAGACACUCCAAAUAUGGAUAUAGAUUCACCAAGUGCGUGUAUCACCAUGAGUAAGGUCAAAAGACAGCUAGAUCCACCAGCAAGAAAAUGUGGAAGGGCUCCUAAACCAAAAACUCCAAAGAAUAAAACAUCUACUACUAAAGCAAGUACAUCAACUGGCAAACGGAGGGGAAGACCCCCUAAACCUAAGCCAAUCGAUAUUGACUCCGAUUCAGAGCCUAAGUGUAACUCUACUACUAAGCCAAUUUGCAGAAAACGCAAAAUCAGUCUUUCUUUAUCCUUUGAUGAUAAUAGCGAUAAUGAUGAUAACAGAACAGAAGAUGAUGGUGCUGAUAAGCCAUUUACAAAUGCCACUGCACCACAAGAACAGGGCAACGAGGCACCUGCACCAAGUCAAUCAACAAUUACACCAAGAAGGGAAUCUUUUGACAAUCAUAUCGAUGUAGAUGAAUGUGACAAAGAUACUUCAGAUAGUGACAGUGAUUCUGACCUUGUACCAUUCAGCCCCUCAAAGUCAGACAUAUCGAGACCUGUUAUUGCAAAAGGGGAUCUUGUAUGGGUCAAAGUAAAGAAGGUGCCAUUUUGGCCGGCUGUCGUAAAAAAUGUUUAUAAAAAGGGAAAGAGAAUUUCACUGGCAUUUAUUGGCUAUGAAAAACCAGAACGGUACCGUGUAAACUAUAACAAACAGAAAGUUAUUCCCUAUUUUGAUGUAAAAGAAGAGCAGUUUAACGAAUUCAAGGAAGAAGCUCUAAAAAGCCAUUGGGGUUCGGAUUUUGAAAACUGUCUGAACCUUGUAGAAGAUUUUGUGAGGAGAAGGGGACUUGGAGAAGAAACUAGAAGCACCCUAGAAUUCUUCUACACAGACAUGGAAGAGAGUGACCCAAGUUCAGAUGAAGGGAGGGAGCUGACACCAGAAAGGCAACCUUCAGAGUCAAGAUUGGCAGAGUCUGGUGACUCAGAGGAGGAAGGAGAGACUGAAGAAAAGGCAGCUGAGAGCACACCAACACUAUCCCAGAAGGCCUUAAUCAGUCAAAGUAUCCGUACCAAGUCUGGUCAAAAGCUGGUGGACUUUAUCAAGACUGACACCAGGGUGAAGGAUCGACUUAUGAAUAUCAAACAGGGAAAAAUAGAAAGUCAACUUCAUCAGGAGUUCUCUGCACCAGAAGUAAAGAAAAGGUCAAAGAUCUUGGCUGGAAUAGGUCCACUACAAGAGCAUCAGGUUGAGGAUGUAGUAAUGUUCCUGAUGGAGAUGUACCCCAAGCCUCCCAACAAGUCCAUGGUGUGUGAUAUGAACACUGAUAUCAUGUCUUAUAUUCAGUCAGUAUGGUAUCCGGAGGCAGUAGUGUUUGCCCUGACAAAGAUGCGUGGCCUCUCAUAUAGCAAGGCCUGGGAAAGGUUCUACCAGGGGGACAAGCAGACAAAGGAAGAGCUUGAGGUUGAGAGCCAGAUCCUUGUGGAAAGUGCCAAAAACAUUGAGCCAGAGGUCCAGGCACGGUACCAACUGAGAUUGGAUGAUAUGGAGCGAAAGGCACUCGGAAAAAUAUUAUGA